UUACCUUGCCAAGGGUAACUUAAUGUGCCGUGAUGUUUGUGAACAGAUUUUGGCAUCUAAGAGUGAUUCACAUUUGAAACACCUUUUGCAACGUGCACCUGAAUAUUGUCCAGAAUCAAUGGGUGAAGUGUGGGGCUGUAUUAAUUCUUCAUUGCCAGGUGUUUUGAAGAAAUCAGAUGGCUGGGUUGGCUUAGGUUGCUGUGAGUUAGCUAUUGUUGUAGAAUGUCGACAAGCUUGCAAACAGGCAUCUUCAAAAAACGAUAUUUUGAAAAUUUGCAGGAAGGAAUUUGAGAAUUCUCUUUAUAGUUGCAUUAACAGAAAUGAAAUGGGAUCAGUUUGUUGCAGCUAUGCAGGUCAUCACACAAACUGCCGGGAAUAUUGCCAAGCAAUUUUUCGAACAGACUCGUCUCCGGGUCCUUCUCAAAUAAAAGCUGUUGAAAGUUACUGUGCCUCUGUUAGCCCACAGUUAAUUCAUUGUGUGAACAACUACACACAGUCCUAUCCAAUGAGAAACUCAACGGAUAGUUUGUACUGCUGUGACAGAGCAGAAGAUUAUGCCUGCCAAACAGCGUGUAGAAGGAUCCUGAUGUCAAUGAAAACAGAACUUGAAAUUGUGGACGGGCUUAUUGAAAGCUGUAAGACAAUGCCUCUGCCUCAGGAUCCUCUCUGGCAGUGCUUCCUAGAGAGCUCAAGAUCUGUUCACCCGGGAGUCACGGUGCACCCUCCACCAUCCACUGGCCUGGACGGUGCUAAGCUGCACUGCUGUUCCAAAGCAAAUACAUCCAUUUGCAGAGAAUUAUGCACUAAACUUUAUAGCAGCAGCUGGGGCAAUACACAGAGCUGGCAAGAAUUCGAUCGUGUUUGUGAAUACAAUUCCCUCGAAGUUUCCAUGUUGACCUGUUUAGCAGAUGUACGUGAACCUUGUCAGCUGGGCUGUAGAAAUCUGACUUACUGCACUAAUUUUAAUAACAGGCCGACCGAACUCUUCAGGAGUUGUAAUGCCCAGUCAGACCAAGGAGCCAUGAAUGACAUGAAACUUUGGGAGAAAGGAACCAUUAAAAUGCCAUUUAUAAAUAUCCCUGUUCUAGAUAUCAAAAAAUGUCAACCAGAAAUGUGGAAGGCAAUUGCUUGCUCGCUGCAGAUUAAACCUUGCCAUAGUAAAUCUAGAGGAAGCAUUAUUUGCAAAUCAGAUUGUGUAGAAAUUCUCAAGAAAUGUGGAGACUUGAGCAAUUUCCCUGAGGGACACAUGGCUGAAAGUAUCUGUGAACUUUUAUCUCCAACAGAUGACUUGGAGACUUGCAUACCGUUAGAUACUUAUCUUCGCCCAAGUACUUUGGGGAACGUUGUGGAGGAUGUUACGCACCCCUGUAACCCAAAUCCUUGUGCUGCCAAUCAGCUGUGUGAAGUCAACCGAAAAGGGUGUCAGCCUGGGGAACCCUGCCUGCCUUAUAUUUGUGUGCAAGGCUGCAAGUUGGGUGAAGCUUCUGAUUUCAUCGUCCGCCAAGGCACACUCAUCCAGGUUCCAUCCUCGGCAGAUGUCGGCUGCUAUAAAAUCUGCACGUGUGGUCAGAGUGGACUGCUGGAGAACUGUAUGGAGAUGCACUGUGUCGAUCUCCAGAAGUCUUGCAUUGUUGGGGGGCAGAGAAAAAAUUGCAAUGUCUGUUCAUGUUUUGCUGGAAAUUUGAUAUGCUCCACUCGGCAGUGUCUAAAUGAACACAGCUCAGAUGAGGAGCGUCACAUGUUUACAGGUCUGCCGUGUAACUGUGCCGAUCAGUUUGUCCCUGUGUGUGGGCAGAAUGGACGCACUUAUCCCAGUGCCUGCAUAGCACGUUGUGUUGGGCUUCAGGACAAUCAGUUUGAGUUUGGAUCCUGUAUGUCUAAGGAUCCCUGCAACCCUAGCCCCUGCCUCAGGAAUCAGAGAUGUAUACCAAAACCACAGGUUUGCUUAACCAGUUUCAAGAAAUUUGGAUGUAACCAGUAUGAAUGUGUGCCGAGACAGUUCCAUUGCGGUGACCAGUUACAAGAACCUGUUUGUGACACAGACAAUAUAGAAUAUAACAAUCCGUGUACUUUACACCAAAAAGGGAAGAGUAUAUCGUACAAAGGUCCAUGUCAGUCCUUCUGCAAAUCAGUAGAAGUGGUGUGUGGCCAGAACGGCGAAAGCUACAACAGCGUCUGUGCCGCCUAUUCUGACCGCGUGGCUGUCGAUUACUAUGGACCCUGCCAGGCUGUGGGAGCCCUUUCCCAUUACAGCUCUCAAGGGGAAUGCGUGUCUGUUCAGUGUCCUCCCCUUUCAGCCACCGGAUGCAAGCCGGUGCUCCCACCCGGAGCCUGCUGUCCUUUGUGUGCUGGGAUGUUGAGGGUCCUGUAUGAUAAAGACAAGCUGGACACCUUUGCCAAGCUCAACAGCAAAAGACCAAUCACUGUGCUUGAAAUCCUUCAAAAAAUCCGUCUCCACGUCUCUGUGCCACAGUGUGACGUAUUUGGAUACUUCAGCAUAGAAUCUGAGAUCGUGAUUCUUAUCGUACCUGUUGAUCAAAACCCCAAGCCCCUUCAGACUCUUGGUCACUAG